AUGCAAGACGAAGAUGUCUUCAAAACUAACAAAAUGCCUAAUACGUUCGAACUCAUGGCUAGCCUUCCCCCUUGCAAGCGACAAGCGAGUGUCUUCCAAGAUCACAGAGGUAAUCACAUCACUGAUCCCAGCGACGAAGAAGCCUACUGGUGGGUCACUGUUACGCUCCCUGACCACAUUCUAGAAGGCACCCAAACAGACGAGCAGAUCAUGCAUCGUGUCUACAAAACAAUCAGCAUUGAGAAAAAGACUGGACUUCGCAAUAUUGAAAUCGGUCAUCUGUUAACCCCACAGGAGAUUAUGAUCCAGGCAGAGAUCCUUGCGUUUUGGUGGCUUGAGCAGAUCCAGAAACCUAGGAUUUUCCUUGAUCAAUUUAUGAUCUUCACUGCGAAGGGGGGAUUCCAUGGCGAUUGUCUGGAUCUUCCGCUUGAUUGGGGUAAGCCAUCUUUUGCAGGACCGUAUUGA